AUGUUGCCCUUGCUGCGGGCUUGCCGCAACUUGCACAGCUUCAGCGCAGCUUCUGGCUGCUGCAAGGCGCAAAAAGAGAUCAAGAAGCAGGAUGAGGACGCCUUUCAUGCUGCCGAGAAGCUGGAAGAUGCCGUCGAUGCUCGGGAUGCCGGCCUGUCAAGGUUGAGGAAGGUUUUUACAUCUGCUUUCCACGCUUUUUUGCGCAUGUGUUGCAUGUGUUUUGCAGACCUGUCCCAAAGAGAUCUGGGCAGAUGA